UGAAACUGUCUCCCUCUCUCUCUGAGUCCCGAGUAUUCAAUGCUUCAUUUGAAUUCAAUUGUAAAGAGAAACAGAAACUCCCUCCUCAACGAAUUCAUUCUAUCUUUCCCGUCUUCUUCUUCUUGCAAUCAGUUCCUCAAAAUCCCAUCUUUUACAACAAAUUUAAACACUAAAAAACUCAACUUUUGUCCUCAAGAACCCUCACUGCAAUUAUCAUCGUCAACUUAUACCCACCACCAUUACUUGUCUCUUCUUCAAACUUGUGUUAACAAGAAAUUGAUUGAACCAGGAAAACAAAUACAUGGUCACAUUAUUCUUACUGGUUUAGGUCUACAUGAUGUCAAAAUAGCAACCAAAUUAGUUUGUUUAUACUCUGCUUGUAACUACUUAUCCGAUGCCCAAUUGAUAUUUGAUAAAUUACCUAAACGAAAUAUCUUUCUUUGGAAUGUUCUUAUUCGUGGGUACGCUUGGUUCGGACCUCACGAGCUCGCUAUCUCGCUGUAUUAUCAAUUGCUUGAUCAUGGUAUCAAACCUGAUAAUUUCACUUACCCUUUUGUUCUUAAAGCUUGUUCUUCACUCUCUGCACUGAAAGAUGGUGAAGUCAUUCAUGAAGAUGUGAUUCAGGCAGGGUGGGAAUCUGAUGUUUUCAUCGGUGCGGCUCUUGUCGAUAUGUAUGCCAAAUGCGGAUGUGUUGAUAAGGCACGUCCGGUUUUCGAUAGAAUUCCUGCAAGAGAUGUAGUCACUUGGAAUUCGAUGCUGGCUGCUUAUUCACAAAAUGGGUGUCCAGAGGAAGCACUUUCUUUGUGUCGUGAGAUGGCUUUGACCAAGGACUUUCAGUCGACUGUAACUGUUGCCACACUUGUCGCUGUGAUCUCAGCUUCAGCUGAUAUUGCAGCCCUUCUACAAGGAAAGGAAAUUCAUGGAUUUAGUUGGAGGCGAGGAUUUGAGACCCAAGAUAAAGUGAUUACUACUUUAGUUGAUAUGUAUGCGAAAAGUGGUUCCUUAAAGGUUGCUGGAAGAUUGUUCCAGCAACUUAAAGAGAAAAGAGUUGUUUCUUGGAAUGCAAUUAUUACUGGAUAUGCAAUGCAUGGCCAUGCUAAGGAAGCACUGGCGCUGUUUGCAGAUAUGCAGAAAGAGGGAUUUCCACCUGAUCACAUAACAUUCGUGGGCGUUCUUUCGGCUUGUAGCCGCGGAGGUUUCAUGGAUCAAGGGUGGAAGUUUUUCGAGUCUAUGUUGGAAGAUUACUUGAUCAAACCAACAGUUCAGCACUAUACUUGUAUGGUUGAUCUUCUUGGCCAUUCUGGUCGGUUGGUUGAAGCCUAUGAUCUAAUCAUGGGAAUGCAAGUUAGAGCAGAUUCUGGCGUCUGGGGUUCUUUGUUAAAUUCAUGCAAACUCCAUGGAAACGUGGAGUUGGGUGAACAAGCAUUAGCGAAACUAAUUGCAUUGCAACCUGAUGAUGCAGGAAAUUAUGUCAUUCUAUCGAAUAUAUAUGCCCAAGCUGGUAAAUGGGACGGAGUUGCUAAACUGAGGAUGUUGAUGAAGAAAAAAGGACUUAGGAAGAGCAUUGCUUGUAGUUGGAUUGAUGUGAAGAAUAAAACCCAUGGAUUUCUCGUCGGAGAUGUUUCUCAUCCUCAAUCAGAUGAAAUUUAUGCGGAAUUGAAGAGGUUGGGUCGCUUAAUGAAAGAAAUUGGUUAUGUACCUGACACUACUCCAGUUUACCAUGACGUGGAUGAUGAUGAGAAGAUGAACAUGGUUUAUGGUCAUAGCGAGAGGCUUGCAAUUGCAUUUGGAAUUAUUAGUACACCCUCAGGGACUAGGCUACUAGUGACCAAGAAUCUGAGAGUAUGUGAUGAUUGUCAUGUAGUUAUCAAAUUCAUCUCCAAAAUCUCCAAACGGGAAAUCAUAGUUAGAGAUGUAAAUCGUUACCAUCAUUUUGAAAAUGGUAAUUGUUCUUGUGGUGAUUACUGGUGAAACAGAUAGAGAACCUUAAAGGCAUGUUUCUCGGAAUGAAUGGACAAAGCUAGUCUGGAUAAUGCAGGUAUAUAUUUUCUUUUUCUUGUUCCAAAUCUAAUUCUGCUUCACAUUAUAUAUGCAUGUACCCUACUAAGCAUAUGAACCCAACCAAUUUCCUUUAGCUACCCAACUAAACUCGAGGUCUGUGAAUAAGGUUAUUUACAGCGAAAGAUUAUUAUUGCAAACAAUUAGAACAAAAAAGAGAAAGAAAUUGUGUACACAGAAGUGCCACAUGAAUAUUAAUCAAAUAAAUUGUUGCAUAGUUUCUGUCAGUGGACUAAAUGGAAUAGGUAGUGAAAGAUGACUAAAAGUUGUUUACAAACUAUGGCAGAUCACUUUAUGCACAAGUCCAUCAUACAUUUUUUCACAGUUUUAUAAUUUGCUGCGUAUUUGUUAAAAACACAAUGGAUAUAUACAAUUUGGGUGUGCCUUGCAUUUCUUAUGAGCAUGUCUUGAUGAUAACAUGGCAAAAUUAGCAAGAAAGAUGAUGGUCUUAUCCCCCUUUAUAAAUCGAUGUUCUUAACAUACCCAAUUUUGAUUCUAGGGGGCUGUAUUAGUGACCUUGUUCCCUGUCGAAUUAUAUGGAUUCACCAAAAGGUGGUCAUAGCAGUAGCUCAAAUACGAAACAGAAUCAUCCCUUCUUACAUUCCAGUCAAACAAUAAACUUUUUAUCUCAAUAUAAAGGGAAUGAUGAAAUGAAUUAGUGACAUGUAUCUAGCUUCUUCCUUUAUCAAUAAGAUUUAUAGGACCGUCAUACAUAUUAUGCCUUCCAUCGCAUAACAACUCUAAUAUGUAACCAAUUUCCCAUAAUGUCUUCUGAAAUGUCAAAACUGUGCCAUAAUAUGUAUCUAACUCCUUUCAACAACAUAUUUAGCUAGCCAAAACUUUUCCGGUACGUUUGUACUUAGCCUUUUGAAGUUACCUUGGGUAGAAAGAACUGUGAGACACACUAGCAACUGAAGGGCAAGAAAUGGCGUGGAACGGAUUAGAUGCGCUGGAAUUAUCAUUGAGCUCCAUGGUGUUCUCA